GCGUUCCUCUACCUGUACGUUGCCGGUUCCUUGAGGUUCCGCGUGAUUUUUGAGCUACUGAGUCAGAGCAGUCUGCGUUAGGGAACUGGCGCAGUCCAGAGAGUCGUCCCGAGGAUCGGGGUGCCUCGGCGGACCCUAGGGACCCCACGGAGACAUAAAGCUGUUACUAGUUAUUUCUAGUAUCAAUUCCAGAUUAUUGACUUUGGACAACGGUACAAUUAUAUGAAAUCAUGGCUGGUUAUAAACCUGUAGCUAUCCAAACAUAUCCUGUACUUGGUGAAAAAAUCACCCAAGAUACUCUAUAUUGGAACAACUAUAAGACCCCUGUUCAGAUUAAAGAAUUUGGUGCAGUGUCAAAAGUAGACUUCUCUUCUCAGCCUCCAUAUAACUAUGCAGUCACAGCUUCUUCUAGGAUUCAUAUUUAUGGCCGGUACUCUCAAGAACCUAUAAAAACCUUUUCUCGCUUUAAAGACACAGCAUACUGUGCUACUUUUCGACAGGAUGGUCAGUUGCUUGUCGCUGGCAGUGAAGAUGGUGUAGUUCAACUUUUUGAUAUCGGUGGCAGGGCUCCCCUCAGGCAGUUUGAAGGCCAUACAAAAGCAGUUCACACAGUAGAUUUUACAGCUGACAAAUACCAUGUGGUCUCUGGGGCUGAUGAUUAUACAGUUAAAUUAUGGGACAUUCCAAAUGCUAAAGAAAUUCUGACAUUCAAAGAACAUUCUGAUUAUGUGAGGUGCGGCUGUGCCAGCAAACUGAACCCAGACCUCUUUGUAACAGGGUCAUAUGAUCAUACUGUGAAGAUGUUUGAUGCCCGAACAAAUAAAGAUGUUCUCUGUGUAGAACAUGGACAGCCCGUGGAGAGUGUCUUGCUUUUCCCCUCUGGAGGCCUUCUGGUGUCUUCAGGAGGUCGUUAUGUUAAAGUCUGGGACAUGUUAAAAGGAGGACAGUUGCUCGUGUCUUUGAAAAAUCAUCACAAGACUGUGACAUGUUUGUGUCUGAGCAGCUCUGGACAGAGGCUCCUCUCUGGCUCACUGGAUAGGAAAGUCAAAGUAUAUAGCACAACCUCUUACAAAGUAGUCCACAGUUUUGAUUAUGCAGCUUCCAUCUUGAGUCUUGCACUUUCUCAUGAAGAUGAGACAAUAGUUGUAGGAAUGACCAAUGGAAUAAUGAGUGUUAAACACCGAAAAUCUGAAACAAAGAAAGAAUCUCUUCCAAGGAGAAGGAGGCCUGCAUAUCGAACCUUUAUUAAAGGAAAAAAUUACAUGAAGCAGCGGGACGACAUUAUGAUCAACAGGCCAACAAAGAAACACCUAGAAUUGUAUGACAGGGAUUUGAAAAGUUUCCGAAUCUCAAAGGCUCUUGACAGAGUCCUCGAGCCUAGUUGUGUAAUAAAGACACCUGAGGUCACAGUUUCCAUCAUAAAAGAACUAAAUCGAAGAGGAGUCCUUGCCAAUGCUCUUGCAGGCCGAGAUGAAAAGGAAAUUACCCGUGUUCUUAAUUUUUUGAUAAGGAAUCUGUCCCAGCCAAGAUUUGCCCCUGUUUUAAUCAAUGCUGCUGAAAUAAUUAUUGAUAUAUAUCUGCCUGUGAUUGGCCAGUCACCAGUAGUUGAUAAAAAGUUUUUAGUACUUCAAGGACUUGUAGAAAAAGAGAUUGAUUACCAAAGAGAACUCCUGGAAACUUUGGGGAUGAUGGAUAUGCUUUUUGCUACCAUGACGAGGAAUGAAAGCACUUCUAUGCUAGAACGUGUCCCUGCCAAGUGUCUAGAGACCAAGAAGACAGAAUCAUAGUGUUUGCUAACUAGGAAUCGACUCUAUCAACUAUUGGAAAGAAAAUAUCUUCAAUACAUUCAAAACAAUAAAUUACAGAAGCAGUUCUAUGGAAGAAACUGGAAUAAAUUAUGAUUGGAAAAUAAGUACCUAUUAAGACAUGGUUUUCCAUGUAUUAAUUUGAUUUAUAACAUCUUCAGCUGGAAGAUCUUAGUUGUCUGGUUGCAGUGUCUGAUACCAUGGAUGAGUUGAUACUGUUUUUAUACAGCAAAACUCAACUGACUGUGGGGAAUCAGCUAGCCCUCUGGAGAGGGUUCCAGUUGGAUCCUGCCAAAGGAACAGACCUUGUUUUUUGUUCAUUUUCUACUUCUAACCUGGAAAAUAAUAAGCUCAAAUGGCAACAAAACUUCCUUCACUGCACUCUGCUCCGUGUCCUUGGGAUUCUGGGCGUCUGUAGCUUGCUGUCCUUUUCCUUCGUAUCAUUGCAGUCUUGAAUCACAUGUUCUCCUUGGCUGGCCAUGGACUGUGUCCUGUAAGAGUGGCAAAUCACUGAGUAGCUCUGAAGAAUUGAUUCUGGAGACGUUUUAGAGUGUGAUAAGGGUUGGUACCUGAAAAUUGGGUUCUUCAUCUAAUGUUUUUCUUUAAUCUUGCCUAUCCAUAUGAACAAAGUCUACAGCUAGAUCGUAUUGGACCAGUCAUUUUCCCCCUUCCCUUCAGUGUUGCAACCCUUCUGCCAAUUUUUCACCUUACUUUAGGCGAGGGGAAUGAUAGAAUUUGUCAGUUCUCUUAUAAUAAUGGCCUUUCACCCUGUGCUUAUCUUGUAUGAUAGCCCUCUGCUAUUUUCUUAUCUGUACUAGAUUUCCUUUUCUCUGUGCUUUAUCUUCUGGUUCAGAACCCCAAACCAGAGCGGCUUGCUUUGAAAAAUUGUGUUUUUGAAACCGCGCUGUAAAUUACCUUUGUUUUAUAAAAAGAUUCUUAUUUUCUUCUUAGUUUUCUGAGGUGUGUCAAUUCCUGUUGGACAGUUGGUGGCUAGUGACUCCCAGCACAUUGAUUCCACAGCUGCUACCUCUCCCACUUCCUUCAGUUACUCUGCUUGAUGUAUCCAGUAAUGAUGUCUUGAGCUAAACACAUCCUUGAGGGAAGAUUUUUGUAAUGAGGUCUUCGCUCUUUCAGUUUUGUCAGUUUAGAUUUUCUUCAAGCAGAAGGAAGAGGGAUACUUAUGUGUUAGUAAGUGCCUAUGUUCAAAAACAGGAUGUAGUUUCCCUUUUACAGGUUGAUCAGUAUAAGCAGUUGUGCAGCACAGUAGCUUGUGAUAAACCAGAAGUUUGCUGCUUUGAAUAGUUAUGAGGUUAGUCAAGAUGAGAGGCUAUGAUUCUAGGUUAAGAAGGGUUACUUUAUUUAAAUAAAACUUGUAUUUAAAAAACAUCAGGUAUGGUGGCAGACAUGGGCAGGUGGAUCUCUCUGAGUUCAAGAGCAGCCUGGUCUACAUAGUGAGUUCCAGGCCAGCUGGGUCUACAGGGAGACCCUGUCUCAAAAAGACCGAAAAAAAAAAAAAAAAAAACCUUCAGAAGUGUGCUGUUGAUAAUUAGCAUUAGAGGUUAGAAUUCUACCUAAACCUUUAGCUGCUGUCUCCUGUGUGUUUCUUGGAUUAUUCAUUUGAUUCUCACCACAAUGAUCCAAGGUUGGAAUUACACUCACUGAGUUUGGAUUAGUUGGUUGAAUACGCUCAGGUCCCUAAGCUUGAGUUCCUUAUCUUCCAACACUGGUCUGGCCUGCUGUGGCCAUAACUGUUCAUUCCCUUUAAUAAGACUUCACUGAGUGCCGCAGCUCCUGAAUACAAUUUGUAGUAAUUAGAAAAUCUUAAAAGGAUUAGGAACUAUUUCCUAUAGCCAUCAAUAUAAUUAUUUAAGUUCAGGAGUCAUUUUCCUAUUAAUUGAGGCUAUUUGCUGUGUCUUAACAGAAAAUCCCAUAUAGAUUUUUAGACUUGUGCUUUUAUUUAAGAGUUUACUAUGGCUGCAAAAAUACUGAAAUGUUCCAGAGAGCUUUGUCAUUUAUGUUUAAUUUAUUAUGUUUAUUCUGAGUUAAACAUUUGGGAAGGUUUUGUUUGUUGAGUCAAGCAAAGUACCGUUUAAAAGAAAGUCAGAUUUCUUAAACAACUGUGCUAUUAAGUUGCUCAAAGGAGUUGAUGUCAAAUGGGACUGGUAGAAAAUUUGUUCAACUUUAAUGAGUUUUUCUAAACAUUAAUUAGAUUAUUAAACUGUAGUAGUUUU